AUGGACAGUAACGAGACGCUGUCAACUGGUCUCUCAGUGACGGGCUGGUGCGUCGUGGUCUUCAUCUGCGGAUGCGCCAUCGGCAUGGUCUGGAUCCAUGAACAAACGGGCGGAUUAGCUGCUGAGCCACGGUGGAUCAAAUGGUCGGUGUUUAUCCUGGUCGCAAACUCUCUCACCCUUGCGGCGAUCAUUGGAGAUUUGAUCUGGAGCAAGGCCAUCUCGCCCACGUUGAAAGACUCGGAUGUCUACAAAUGGCAAUAUGUCGUCUUCACUUUGGCCUUCAACAACCUGCUGAUGGUCAGCAGCGCUUUUCACCUCAUACAAAUUGUCAAGCGCAUGCAGGUGACAUGCACCGACAAGUUCCUUCAGACGUACAGAAAGCCCGUCCUCUACUUCUUUGCUCUCGCCAUCACAGCCGAGGCUUACGCAUGCGCUGUCAUACUCGCACAGAUGUUCGAGAUUAACCACCAAGACAAGCUCGACGGACCCAUGUGGAUUGUAUUUCGCGAGUCCGGGAUUGUCAUCCUCUUUGUUGUAUCCGGCCUCAUCUCCCUUGGCUUUGGCAUCAGCGCGUAUGCCGCGCACACUCAGCGCCAAAAGCUGCUUCUCGUGGAGGAGAUUCCGCUCUCGACCACCGGCUCGCACCGUUCGACAGCACAAGACAAGGACAAGCAUUUGCCGGCUACCACCACGGCAAUUGUGGUAGACCUGGGCCAGACGAUGAAUAAAACGGGAGGGAACAAACGGGUGGAAAUCUUACGUGAGAUCCGUCUCAUCGACUCCAUCAUGUCUGUCGUCAUCGGCUUCAUAACGUUGGGCCAUUGGCUGCCCAACUUAGUGCUCCGCUUCGUCGAUCCAAUGAGCCCCGUCAUCUUUAUCUGUCGCUAUCCUGUCGUUGCCUGGUUCUUCUUUUCGGUGAUGCUCUACAUCCUGCUGCCGCUGGCCGUGAACAAGGAGCUAAACGUGUCUCGGCAACGCCGCAAUCGCCGCAGCGCGAUCAGCCGCGAACAGCAGCACAGCGGUCUGCUACCUUCUCCGUCGACCUCUCUUCCCUCGUCGCCCUCGCUCAAUGCUUCUGCUGCUGCACAAGCCGACGAGGCCUCGCUGACGCAUCUCCAGCUGCCCUUGGACGAGGCCGGUCAAGCAGAAGGCUCCACUCGACCUCCUUCUCCACCCCCGUUGAUGCCGAGUCCCAUCGUGCCCGAUCUGGUCGAGAAAUGCAACGAGCUUCGUCGGCUCGAGUCCGAGCACGCCGGGCGUACGGGGAAGAACGAAUCGUUGAACAAAGAUCGGUCUUUUUCGCUCCCUCCACCGCCUCGCAUAUCCUACCGGCAGCGAAUGAGAGCGCAAAGGCGUCGUGAAGAAAGUGCUGCAGCCGCAGCUGCAGCUACGGACACGGGCUCAGCCCCCGUUUCCUCGCCCUCGUCGUCGUCCUCGAAGACGGGAGCAAUGCCGCUCACAUCGGAGGCCCAGAUCCUCUUCUGGGGCGACGUCUUGUCAUGCACGCCUGAGGACGACGAGCCGGCCGAGUACCUCGCCUCGUUUGAGGACGCGGAACAGGCCGAGGCUGAGAGCGACUCGACCCUUGGUUCCUUCUCGUUGCCUUCGAGGAGGUUCAGCAGGCAAGCAGCAGGCGCAAGGCCUCACACGAUGCAGCGGUCCAGCACAUCUGCCGGCUCGGCGUCCUAA